AUGGGGUGGUUUUGGGCAGACACUGCAACGCCCCCGAGGUCGCUCGCACCUCAAUCUCUACCCAGCUCAGAUGCUGCACCUCCUCCUGGAUGCCCCAUGCACAAAGCCACCUCGACCUCUCCAUUCCCUCCCCAAAACUCGUCACGGUCGCCAGCAGACGCAUCCUCAUGCCCUAUCUCCUCUCCCAAUGCGCCUCUCUCGCCUUCCACGGCUAAACCGUCGACUCUCUCCAAACUAAACCCUCUGAAUUAUAUGCCAUCAAAUCUCUCUCAAUCCCGUUCCACCAACCAGACCAUUGCCCUCCCCACCUCCCGCACCACAUCAUCCAUCCCCCGGGGCGACGCAGAAGCGAACUGGGAAUACCCUUCUCCGCAACAAAUGUAUAAUGCCAUGCUACGGAAAGGCUACGAUGACACGCCCGAAGAUGCUGUUGAGAGUAUGGUGGCGGUACACAAUUUCCUAAAUGAGGGGGCUUGGGCAGAAAUUGAAGGAUGGGAAGCAAGGUUUAGCAAAGGGUUGGGCUACGGAUGGCAGGCUUGCAGCAGAGGCGAAGAGGGCUUUCAAGACAUGCCUCAAUGGAAAGGAGACAGGCCGAGAUUGAUGCGGUUUAUGGGGAGGCCGGGGGAUUUGACGCCCAAGGCCAGGAUGAUAGAAGUGCUAGGGCGGGUGUGGCCUUCGAAGUUUGCGAGCGAGUUACCGUUUGAUCGUCACGAUUGGUAUGUGCAAAGAACGACCCCGGGAGGGCAGACGAGGGAGGUGAGAUAUGUGAUUGAUUACUACUCUGGUCCGCCUGAGCCGACAGGAGAGCCGGUGUUCUACUUGGACGUGAGACCGGCGGUGGAUGGACCCACCGCGGCGGCUGAGCGUAUGCUGAGGUGGGGUGGGGAUGUUUGGCAUCGAGCGAGCGGUGCGAAGGCCAGGGAAAUGCGUCAUGAGGGUUGA